GUCUGACAGGCCCAGUAGAAUUACUGAGACUUAUUUAUACGAGUGACCACACAGGAACAUGUCUAGAUAUCUCUGCCAUGUUUCAAGUGCUUUUAUCACCACAAACGAAUGAGGAAGCGUCACACAUUCGCAUGUAAAGGCUCAAGACAGUUUUUCUAUUUACUGCGAAGGGUUUUGAGAACCGAGCACACUCUGUGCCAAAUUGAGGCAUGGAUCGACUAUACAGCGAAAUCUUUUUUCUGUUAAUCACAGGAGUUUUCAUUAGGAGUACUUUUCAAAAAGAAAAACUACAUGUACAUCUGAAACCAAAGAACAUUAAAGUCCGUGAAGGGGCCUCGGUCACAAUCAAAUGCACUUUUCCGUCAAGUGACAUGAAAGUGAGCUGGCACUAUAGCCAAACAUCAAAUUCCAUAUGUGACUUAAACAACAAACUUCAAGGACAACAUAUUAAUUCAGUAAUAAAUAGAACUUGGUCAACUCUACACAUUAAUAACAUCAGGUCCAAUGAAAGCGGAUGGUACUCCUGCAACGUUAUUAGAGACAUUCCUUAUCUUGAAGAGGUUUGCAGUAAUGGGACUCACGUUAUUGUUGAUGUCAACAUCCCCAGCACCCACGACAACCAGGAUAAGACUCGGAAUACUAGGAAUUUCAAUCAAAAUACCACAAAUUUACCAACUACUUACUCGUCUAGUGCUACAACCUCCACAUCUAUUUCUUUCAACCUGGGUAUAUGGUGGAUAUGGUUGGCACUGGCAGUCGGAUGUGUAGUUUUAGUUGUGUCAGUUGUUGUCAUAUGGAUUUUGGCUUGCAGAACUAAAGGUAUGUCUAAAAGUUACUCUAAUGUAAAUGUUACCUUUAUCAUAAUCCACUGUAUGUUUAACAAACUGACACAUAACAGAUCACAAUUUGCAGUCAUGUUGAAUGGGGCCAAUCCGAUAGCAUUGAAAUACACACUUUUUCAAAACUCUAGGCACAAUUUGUAAACAUUAUACAUGUAAACAUGAUUUUAGUGUGAUAAAAUCAGGGAUUUACUGGAGUUCGGUCGUUUAAAAGAUUACAGAGUUUCUGUCAUUUUGUCGUCAUGACAAAAUGUAAUAUUGGAUAAACGUUACACAUAUAAGGUUAGUAAGCGGUCCCCAUUCACUUCAAUAGUAGGUGACUUGCUGUAACCAUGGUGUUUGCUUUUUUUUAUUUUUUUAUAUAUAUAUAUAUAUAUAUAUAUAUAUAUAAACAAGGGAUGAGUAAAAUUAUAAUUUUUUGUAUUUUUUUGUGGGAAUAAGCAUUAUGCCACAAUUGCUGUUGACUGAGAUUAACUUGUAUUGAACCCAGUACAUUCUUAUAAAGUUGCUUGGUGUCAAGCCCUGGUUAAAAUCACUGUGAAGCACAGCAUGUUGUGGCUUAUUGCUUUAAUAGUAAGAAAUGCAUGUUCAUUUUUUACUUUUCACUCAAACUGUAUUAAAAAUGUGAAUAAUAUUAAAAAAAAUUAUAUUAAGUUAUAUUAUAACAAUCCAAAAAGAAGCAUUCCCAAUAUUUGCAUCAGACCUUUGGACCUCAAUCUAAAUCACAUGUUUGAAUUUCACACAGACUGAUUAUCUUCAACUGUGAAAGCCCAAUAAGAAAUGACAAUGCCUUAUUAAGUAUAGUCUUAUGUUAAGGUCAGACAUUUAUUUCCAGGGCCUCAGAGAUGAGUGUGGGUGGUGUGUGGUUCAGAACUCUGAGAACUAGUUCUAGUUGAUGACGAUUAAACUGCCUCUCAGUGCUUGUGGUUAGACAUGAGUGAGUGAGGUGCAGCGUGAGCAUGCACAGCAUAACCAUUUCCCUCUAACGACCCUCAGUGUGGCCUGCUCUUUGCAUUGUUAACCAUUUGAUGUAACUCAACAAUGAUCUGCAAUUCUGUUUAUUUCUAGAGACCAUUUAUGAGAACACCAAACCCCAGAAACCGGGCUGCUGGACAUGUCCUUGGAAUCGGACAGAGAGUUUUGAAAUGCCUGCCUCCAAAAAAACAGAAACCAUUAAACCACUGAGGAAAUAUGAUAGUAUUUCAACAAACAGAAACCACAGGCCAUAGGUAUUCCAUAGGGAAGUAUUGUCCUCUAAACCUUCUAUACCAACAUGCACUCAAUAUCUUGUACAUUUUCUUAAACUCAAACUGUAUAAAUAAACUGUAUUUAAUGAUGUAAUGCAGUAUUUCUCAUAAGAUGAGAAGCUGUAAAUAGCUGAAUAGUCCUUGCAUAGUCUGUAGGAUGUUUAGCAUUUUUAAAGAAUAA